UUUACAAAAGCCACUUGUGCAUUGUGAUGAACAAACAAAUGUCUUCCUCUACUCACCUCAUCAUUAUUCUCUAUCUCUCUUUCCUCCUACUUUUUAUCAUAACUCCAACCAUUUCAGAUGAAUGGGUGGAUGAGGAGUGGUGCAUAGCUGAUGAGCAAGUUCCAGAUGAUGAGUUGCAAAGAGCUCUUGAUUGGGCAUGUGGAAAAGGAGGAGCUGAUUGUACAAAUAUUCAAAUGAAGCAACCUUGCUUUUACCCAAACACUCUUAGAGAUCAUGCUUCAUAUGCCUUCAACAGUUACUACCAAAAGUUUAAGCACAAAGGAGCCACUUGCUAUUUCAAUUCUGCUGCCAUGGUCACUUCUCUUGAUCCUAGUCAUGGUUCAUGCAAGUUUGAGUAUGUUCCUUGAAGAAGAGCAUAUAUUAUUAUAGAAUAAUUAAUUGAUGAAUCAAAGAUGGUUCCUGAUUACAAGUGGAGCUUCUUUUCAAAUUCCAUUCUUGAUCAUCUUGUACUUUGGAUGUGAAAGCAUUUUUCCAUUUUCAAUUUUUAAGGUAGGAUGGUUCCAAAAUCUUUUAGAACACAUAAGUUUACGCUUAUUAAUCAAUGGAACUAUUGAUGUUGGAUUCUGUCUUUUAUGAUGAAAUCAAUCCAAGUUUUGAAA